AUGGCAAUUUUUAACUUUCCGUCAACCGUAACUUCGAACGAUCAAGGUCUGACUGCUGUUUGUAACAAACACAUCCAUACGGGAUAUCGCCGAUCACAUCAACCCUGGUCAUAUUACAUAACCAGCAUCUUUCAGGUCAACAAUCAAACAUUUAACGUUUGGACGCACCUGAUUGGAUUUCUAUUUAUAGCAGAAAAGACACGUACAAUAUCAAUGACCUUUGACUUCAUUUAUGACGAUGAAUUCCGACCCUUAGGUGCAGGACUACUUUGUAUUUCCAUACUUCUCAUUGGAAGUUCAUGUGCGCAUUGGUUUUGUGAUCAAUCUUACUGUGUACAUUACAUCUGUUUCUUCAUCGACUACAGUUGUGUAGGAAUAUAUGCAAUGGGAUGUACACAUGUCAGCCACUGCUUUCUGGUCAGGGAAAAACAAUUGGCGACAUUUCUAACAAAAUGGUCCAACCCCGUUUCUAUGUAUCUAUCGUUACAACUUACCAUUGUGUUUUGUUGGACAAAGUUUCGCCUCGGAAUGGAACACAAAGCCACGAAGAUAGUCCAACUUGCAACUGUAAGCUCGUUUUAUCUAUGGCUCCUAGUGCCAUUACUUAAUCGAUGCCUUUCGUCUUUGAAUAAUUCGAACAACGACGAAUUUCUGGGCCUCCAUCAGUGGCAUGUUCUAUUUGCUAUCGGGAACGCAUUGGUGUAUGUCUCACAUUUUCCUGAAUGUUGGUUCCCAAGGACGUUUGACAUUAUCGGUAAUUCACACCAGUUGCAUCAUCUGCUUCUUGUUGCCACUGCCAACAGUUUUAUCAACGCGACGCUUGAAGAAAUAAAUAUGGCGAAUGCUUAUAAUAGACAACUGAUGAAGUUUAUGACUGAUCAUCUAGGAACCAUAUCGAUGUCAUAUGGCAGCGUGCUUUUCACCCUGGUUACCAACUGUAUCAUCAUAGUUAUAGCUAGUUUUAAGAUCAAGUGUGAAGAAACCAAAUUAAGACGGGAGCUUACUCUUUUUGCUUCCAACGGGACUCAACACCAAAACACAAAGAAAAAUUGA